UGGAUCUGUACUCUCCGACUCUUCGUUUCCGCUUCCACUGGCGCGUCAUCAUCAUAAUCUUUUCCACUGAGCUGAGCGCGUCGAUUGGAACUCCGUUUCUCGUUUCCUGCUUUUGUACUUUCAGUUUAAAUUCAGACGGAGCAAAGAUCGAGAAAGAAAAAUCUGCAAUGGGCGUUCCCUCGUUUUACCGAUGGCUGGUGGAAAGAUAUCCCAAAACAGUUGUAGACGCCAAAGAUGGAGGUGAAGACUGUGCUACCGAUGAUGAUAGAAACCCCAACGGCGAAUUCGAUAAUCUGUAUCUGGAUAUGAAUGGGAUUAUACAUCCCUGCUUCCAUCCUGAUGAUGAGCUUUUUGCGCCAUGCACCUUCGAUGAAGUUUUUUCUGCCAUAUUCGAGUACAUCGAUCAUUUGUUUCGGAUUGUUCGGCCUAGAAAACUUCUCUACCUCGCAGUAGAUGGAGUAGCUCCCAGGGCCAAAAUGAAUCAGCAGAGAGCACGACGAUAUAGAACAGCAAAAGAUGCUGCUACGGCCGAACAAGAGGAGUAUAGAUUAAGGAGGCAGUUUGAGAAUGAGGGAAAAGAGCUUCUUCCUAAAUCAGAGUAUUCUGAAGUCUCUGAUUCGAAUGUCAUCACUCCUGGAACUAUAUUUAUGCAGAAAUUAUCGAAGGCUCUUGAGAAAUAUAUUCAUCUUAAACUAAAUAAUGAUCCUUCUUGGAAAUCCAUCUCGGUUAUUCUUUCAGAUGCAAAUGUUCCUGGUGAGGGGGAGCACAAAAUUAUGUCAUUUAUACGCCUACAACGUAGGCUUCCAGGUUACAACCCGAAUACCCGCCAUUGCCUCUAUGGCCUUGAUGCUGAUCUCAUCAUGCUUGCACUUUCCACACAUGAGAUACAUUUUUGUGUUCUGCGUGAGGAAGUUCUCAAGCAGGAUCAUCAUGAAGUUUCUUUAUCAACAUUUGUGGCAAAUUCUUCUCAGAAAGAUCUUGAGGUUUUUAAGUCUAGGCAGUGGUUCAAAAGGAUUGAAACAGCUGGUAAUAGAAGAGUCAAUAAGAAGCCUUAUCAGCUUUUGAAUAUUUGGAUUCUAAGAGAAUAUCUGGAGCUUGAUAUGAAGCCUCGAUAUGAUGCUGAUAUCGAAAGGAUUGUAGAUGAUUUUAUUUUCAUCUGUUUUUUCACCGGAAAUGAUUUUCUACCUCAUCUCCCCUCUAUUGAAAUCAAUGAGAGUGGAAUAGAUUUGCUAAUUGCUGUCUACAAAAAGGUGUUCAAUUCUAUGGGAGACUAUCUAAUCAAUGCAAGCAACAUCAAUAAAAAGAAUACUGCAUAUAUAAAUGUCAAGGGGCUUAGAAUUUUUAUAAUGGAAGUUGCUUCAUACGAGAAUAAUAUUUUUGUAAAAAGAUACACGCUCAGGCAGAAGAAGCUACAAAGAUUGUUGCAAGAGAGAGAUAAAGACGAAAAUGAUGAAUUCAAUGUCACGCAAGAGAAUUUUAAUUGCAGAAUUGGAGCUUCAGAACAUAUAUUAGACUCCUCAAUAAAAUGUAAUAUUUCUAGUUCAGCAGCUAUGGAAGCUAGUUGCACCGUGGAAUCUGAUGCCCUGGAGAACACCAAGGAACUUAAGCGAAAAUUGAAGAUGUUCCUACGCGAUAAAGCUGAUCUCUUCAAGAAUGAAGUUCUUGAAAAUGAUAAGGUCAGACUUGGUUGCCCUGGUUGGAAGACAAGGUUUUACAAAGAAAAGUUCUAUGCAGAGAAUGCAAAGGAAAUUGAGGCAAUUAGUAAAGAUCUUGUAAAGAAAUAUAUUGAAGGCUUAUGUUGGGUCUUGCAGUACUACUUCACCGGAAUAUGCUCUUGGUCCUGGUAUUAUCCGUUUUAUUACGCUCCCUUUGCAUCCGACUUCAAAGAUAUAUGUCGUGUAGAGGUAUCUUUUGCAAUUGGGAGGCCGUUCAAACCCUUUGAUCAACUUAUGGCAGUUCUCCCACCAAGAAGUUCUCAUGCUCUCCCCAAAGCUUUUAUGAGUUUGAUGAACGACGAUAACUCUCCAAUUGUUAAUUUCUACCCUAAAGAUUUUGAGGUGGACAAUGAUGGGAAACGUUUUACAUGGCAGGGUGUUUGUAAGCUACCAUUUAUCGAAGAAGAAAGCCUUCUAGGGGCAACCAAGGUGCUUCUUAAGGAACUAAAGCCUGAAGAGAUGGAGAGGAAUUGUGUCAGUAGUGAUAAAGUUUUUUUCAUGGAUUCAAAUUCUCUGCUUACGAAACUUAGUCUGCAACAUCAAGGUUCAGAUAAUUCUUCCAAAGAAACUCAAAAUCCUAAGGCUGUUGGACCCAGCCUUGGAAUGAAUCGUUUCUCAUCUCUUUGUGAAGAUACAUUUUCUCUAUCGAAUUUUGAUUCUGUUUUAAGCAUGAACGAUACACUAAGUAACAGAUCCAGGUGGGAGACAUUCAUCAACCAGAAGCCCCAAACACAUAUUCCUAGACCAAACAACGGCGUUCAAAUCCCAGAAAAGACUAUUACAAAGGAUGACAUUGUUGAGCGAAUGCUUUGGCAUGAAUAUCCUGGGCACUUUCCUCCACAAACAUUACAACAAAGAGAUGUACAAACCUUGCCUGCAUCGGCAAAUUAUACAUCCCAAGGAAGUAUGGGACGAGGAAAGCUGGUUCUGGAUUCAUCACUUGCCAGGCCUGGCAAGGAGAUGUGGAAAUUUGCAGGUGAAGGUUGGGAUGGCUCGGGUCGAGGAAAGCUGCUUGUGGAUCGGACAUUCGCAGGCUCGAGCAAUUUGAACACUUACGGCCGGGAAGAGCACAGCGCUGCUGCUCCUGUUUACCAGCAGAUGGAUAACAGGUUGAUGAUGGCGGAUAGAUCUGAGAACUGGAGGCAGAGAUCACCGGCGGCCAUGGUUUCUGCAUAUGGCAGGGGAAGGUUGAGACCACCAUUGAAUAACCAUGGGAGCCAAGCUGGUCGCGGCCGCGGAGGAUAUCAAGAUUUUAUGUGGGUUCAAAGGAAACCUGAGCACUGAUUGAUGUCAGAGCUCAGAGCGCAGCAUCAAUGGCUGAAAGUUCUGGAUAUGAUUGCUAGAUAAGCGGUAGGAGAGGAGACUUGACCGAAGAAAUGAUUGCCAUCUGAAAUUGUAAGUUUUUGGUUGAAAUAUAGUUGACUUCUUUUUCUUGGUUUAAUGUUUUGUAUACUAACUGAGAAAAAUUUGAUGGCAUCUUAAAUUCACGUCUACAUGAAAGAUGAGCAAUAUGUGUGCCUAA